CCACCCACCGCUGAUCUGGUUUACGGCUUGGAGCGCAGGCUCCAGUGCGGCAGCUGAUUGGUUGUCGAAGGCUUGGUCCCAUCCCAGUGACCCCAAAGUGCUGGAAGGAGGGGGCGGGGGUGGCCCAGUGCAAAGUGCAUCCCGAAACCCCCCUGUCGGGACACCCUGCUACUGACACUUCGGACCUGGCACGACUUGGGGUCUCUCUGUCCCCAGACCUCUUGAGUCCUUCGGUAGCUGAAAGCCUCCGGCCCGGAGCGCGGCAGACCCUUGGUCUGAGCCCCUGGACCGGGACUGCCCCCCCACCCCUCCGAGCCGGCACUUCCUCCCAGCACCCCUUCCCGGAGGCUGCUCUGAGGCCAAGACCGCCACCCCCAGCCUGAUCGACUAUCUGGAUGCUGUCCGGGUUGGGGCCGUGAAGCACCAAGGAGGAUCAGGAACACGGUGCCCGGCCCUGCCUGGGGUGUUUCUUCAAUGGAGAAGUUGGUGAAUGUGGAGGAGGCUGAAAGGAGAGAGAGGAGCUGCAACUGAGGAGACAGGUUUGAGCUGGCAGGAGGACACUCGCGAGCAGAAGGGGUCUGGCCACCCACCAGAGAAGCAAUAAGCACAGUGCUUUGGACCAGCAUCCUCUCUAAAGAGAACUUACUAGAUUGAAAUGUAAGCACCUAGGUCAUGUGCUCAGAUUUCUGCUGCCUCCGAAAAUACCCUAAAGGUGACGAAGACUACUCCUCUGAGGCUGGGACACACUGGGAACCCCUCCCACCAUGCUGCAUGCACGCCAUGGUUGGUAGACAACCCAUCUACUGGGAGAAGAGGCGUUCCUCUGUAAGGCUGCCUCCUGUGACCUAAUGUCUGGUUGGUGAAAAGCAGACUCAGCUAGGAUGUUACACCACCACUGCCGGAGGAACCCUGAGCUCCAGGAAGAGUUGCAGAUUCAGGCUGCUGUGGCGGCCGGGGAUGUUCACACAGUACGAAAGAUGCUGGAACAGGGCUAUUCCCCAAAUGGCCGGGAUGCCAAUGGCUGGACCUUGCUCCAUUUCUCUGCAGCAAGAGGAAAGGAGAGGUGUGUUCGAGUGUUUCUGGAACACGGAGCUGAUCCCACGGUUAAGGAUUUAAUUGGAGGCUUCACUGCUCUGCAUUACGCUGCCAUGCACGGCCGGGCCCGGAUUGCUCGCCUGAUGUUAGAGUCUGAGUACAGGAGUGACAUUAUUAAUGCAAAAAGCAAUGAUGGCUGGACUCCCCUCCACGUGGCUGCCCACUACGGUAGGGACUCAUUUGUCCGGCUCCUCCUGGAGUUCAAGGCUGAGGUCGACCCGCUCAGCGAUAAAGGUACCACUCCGCUUCAGCUUGCCAUCAUCCGGGAGAGGUCAAGCUGUGUGAAAAUCCUGCUGGACCACAAUGCCAACAUCGACAUUCAGAACGGGUUUCUGCUGCGCUACGCUGUGAUCAAAAGCAACCACUCCUACUGCCGCAUGUUUCUUCAGAGAGGAGCAGACACAAACUUGGGGCGCCUAGAAGACGGACAGACUCCUUUGCACUUGUCUGCCCUGCGUGAUGACGUGCUCUGUGCACGGAUGCUGUAUAACUAUGGAGCGGACACGAACACAAGGAACUAUGAAGGUCAGACCCCACUGGCCGUUUCCAUAAGUAUUUCAGGAAGUAGUCGGCCGUGUUUGGAUUUCUUACAAGACGUCACAAGACAGCCCAGAACCCUGCAGGACCUGUGCCGAAUUAAAAUUCGACAGUGUAUAGGCCUUCAAAACCUGAAGCUGCUUGAUGAACUACCAAUUGCCAAGGUCAUGAAAGACUACUUAAAACACAAAUUUGAUGAUAUUUGAUAUACCUGGACUGUGAACAAGAUUCAGAGUUAUUCCAGAUACUUACGAGGCUCCAGGCCUUGCACAAAGUAUAUCCUAUGCAAUUUCUGAUUUGCGGUCAAGUCAGAAAGCAGGUAUACACUUCUAGGUUUUCUGUUUGUUUGGAUUUCAUUUUGGGGAGGGAUCUUUAUAUGGGUGUGUGUAUGUGUGUAUAUGUGGGGGGGGAUACACACACACACAUAUACACACAUACACACACCCCACGCUUGAAGGUCUUAAUUUGGUUUCUUGGUCCAGGUCGAUGAGGUCCAAGCCUUUCUAUACAACACUGCAUUUAGAAAACUUGUUUUUCCUAAUGCACAACAUAGACAGGUUUGAAGCAGAGAAUUUUCCCUUUCGAUGCUCUGGUUUCACUGUCAAACAAGGUACUAGGAACCAGUAGACGGAAUACUUCUUAAAGUUUGAAGGUCUCAGGCUCUCCUCCUGUGAUUCUGGGUGACGCUGGAAAAUUCUCUGUGAAGAAACUUUACAGUGAUGCUGUCACCUCAUUCAUUUUUAAUGAGUACAGAUGAGCUGUUUAAAAAUCCUUUUUCCCUUCUAAUUAAUGUAGCUUUCCGAUGAAAAAAACAAACCCAGUACCUCUGCUUCCUUUGGUGUGCGCUUUUUUUAAAUUAUUUUUUUUAACAACUCUAAGACACUACCCUGAAACAUUGUGUUUCAACUCCUUCCUCUUCCUCCUUCCC